UUAAGAUAACGCUGACGGUACCGCUCCUUUUUCCCGUUUGAGUAUUGACUCGAUGCGUUCCAUGCAUGCGCGGUUAGCGUCAGUCGCGCUUCGUUCGUGCAGUAAGUCGGUCAGCUGUCCCGUCGUCGAGCAAUUGGGCGCACGAUCGUGCAACGUCAUGUCGCUCCGGAAUGAGAGUUACACCGUUGACAUUGGAGAUAUGCGAGUAAAAUACAAAGAUAGAAACGAGACUUUCACGGAGGACAGUUUAACUAGCAAGGAGCCUAUCGGACAGUUCAAAGCAUGGUUCGAGAAGGUAUGCAAUACUCCACAAAUUAUGGAGCCCAAUGCGAUGUUUCUUGCAACAGCAACGAGAGAUGGCGUACCAUCCGUGCGCGCGGUGUUGUUGAAAGGCUUCGGCACGGACGGCUUCAAGUUUUGCACGAAUUACGAAAGCAGGAAAGGCCGCGAAUUAGCUGAAAACCCACAUGCCGCGCUGACCUUCUACUGGGAAUCUCUUAACCGAAGCGUACGUAUCGAAGGUAUCGCGAAGAAAACCUCGGCGGAAUAUUCGGAUCGUUAUUUCCAAAGUCGGCCGUAUGCGAGUCAGAUCGGGUCUAUGGCCAGCAAGCAAAGCAGCGUGAUCGCUAGCAGGCAGACUCUCAUUGUGAAAGAAAGAGAGCUGCUUGCACAAUUUCCAGAGAAUCAAGUUAAAAGACCUGCCCACUGGGGCGGUUAUCUCGUCGUGCCACAUUCCGUAGAAUUCUGGCAAGGUCAGAGCGAUCGUCUUCACGACAGAAUCCGUUUCAGACGUCCAAAAGCGGACGAGAAAAUAGACAAUAUUCUCUUGCAUCAAGGAGAGGACGGAUGGGUUUACGAAAGACUUUCGCCAUAGAAAAACAUUUAUUGACCAAGUUAAUGAGCUUUGCGUACACAAGAAGAGAAAACAGUCGAGCAAAUCUUGCUGCGGAAGAAUCGCUAUUGUUGAUUAUUGCAACAUUCCGAGCCGAUACCUCAUAUUUUUACGAAGACAAUAAUAUUAUUCACCAGACAUGUGAUAUUUUUCGUGGGGUUUUCUCGUGAGCUUCAGGAUUUCUCUGUUUACGCCUAAAAUAUAUACAGUCGAUAUCGUCGAAUAUCGAAAGAGAAAUAUAUUUAAAAUUAAUUGUUAA